AUCCUGCGCGACGGGCGGGCACCCGGCGCUUCGGGUCGCCUCAAGAGCCGUGGGCGGGGAAGGACGGGUCGCGGCGGUGACUGCAAGAAGGGUGAGCGGCCGAGGGGCGUGAUGGGGGAGGCGGCCGUGGCCGCGGGGCCUUGCCCGCUGCGCGAGGACAGCUUCACGCGCUUCUCGUCGCAGAGCAAUGUGUACGGACUAGCGGGCGGCGCCGGCGGGCGCGGGGAGCUGCUGGCCGCCACCCUUAAAGGCAAGGUGCUGGGCUUCCGCUACCAGGACCUCCGACAGAAAAUCCGACCGGUGGCCAAGGAGCUGCAGUUCAACUACAUCCCCGUGGACGCAGAGAUUGUCUCCAUCGACACCUUCAACAAGUCGCCCCCAAAGCGGGGCCUGGUCGUGGGGAUCACGUUCAUCAAGGAUUCAGGGGACAAGGGAAGCCCCUUCCUGAACAUCUACUGCGACUACGAGCCUGGCUCCGAGUACAACCUUGACUCCAUUGCCCAGAGCUGCUUGAACCUGGAGCUCCAGUUCACUCCUUUCCAGCUGUGCCACGCAGAGGUCCAGGUCGGGGAUCAGCUGGAGACUGUGUUCCUCCUCAGUGGGAAUGACCCGGCCAUUCAUCUCUACAAGGAGAAUGAGGAGCUGCAUCAGUUUGAAGAACAGCCCGUGGAAAACCUCUUCCCAGAGCUCAUAAACCUGACCAGCAGUGUCCUCUGGCUGGAUGUCCACAACCUCCCCGGCACCUCCCGGCGCCUCACAGCUCUGGGCUGUCAGAGUGGCUACGUCCGCGUUGCCCACGUGGACCAGAGGAGUCGAGAGGUUUUACAAACAUGGACGAUCCAGCAGGAUGGCCCCAUCUCCCGAGUGAUCGUGUUCAACCUCUCAGCCCCUGAAGAGCCCAGGGACGGGCCACCACGGGAGGAGUUCAGCCUGCUCGUGGCCAGCAUGUUGGAGCCAGCAGUGGUGUAUCGGGACCUGCUAAGCCGGGGCUUUGAGGACCAGCUUCUCCUGCCCGGCAGUGACCAAUUCGACAGCGUCCUCUGCGGCCUGGUCACCGACGUCGACUUGGAUGGGCGGCCGGAAGUCCUGGUGGCCACCUACGGACAGGAACUGCUCUGCUACAAGUUCCGGGGUCCGGAGUCAGGGCUCCCUGGGGCCCAGCAAGGGUUCUGCCUGCUCUGGCAGCGCAGCUUCUCCAGCCCCCUGCUGGCCAUGGCGCAUGUGGACCUGACCGGCGAUGGGCUGCGGGAGCUCGCCGUGGUCUCCCUGAAGGGCGUGCACAUCCUGCAGCAUAGCCUGAUCCAGGCCUCAGAGCUGGUCCUGACCCGGCUGCGGCAUCGAGUGGAGCAGAGGCGACGUCGGCCACAGGGACUGGGGGAUGGGGUGGGCGCGGGGCCUGCAGAGAGCCUGACUUCCUGAGCGCCCGGCACCCACUCUCCGCAGACCCGGGGCAGCAUGUGGGAUGUCACCUCCUGCUGUUAUGGGGGAGUAUCCCGAGGGAAGAUGCUCUCCCAGACCCCCCAGGCUGGUGAGUGAGCUGUGAGUUCCUGCUCUGACUUCGCACCCUUGUGCCCUGUAGCCCUGACUCACCCACUCUUCUCUGUGCCUCAGUGUCCCUGUUUGAACACAGGAUGAGCCCAACCUGCCCUCUCCACUCCCGAUGAGAAUUGGUCCCCUGAUGGUCACGUGUCCAGAGGAACAAAGCUUCCACAGU